AUGUUCAUUGCACUGUUCACAGCCCUUGUUGCAUCUUGCGCGGCAUGGCUAUUGGGGAAGCAGAUCAUGCACUGGCGUAGACAGGCACCCUUGUACAAUAUCCCUGGCCCUCCCAGUGUAUCACUUUUAACAGGGAAUUUGGGUCAGGCUUUUGACCUGCACGGCUGGAAGUUCCACGCUAACAUUGUAGCGCAAUAUGGAAAAGUCGUCAGGCUGAAUGGACUUCUAAGAGAUAGCUUACUAUAUAUCAGCGACACGAAAGCACUUCAGAGCAUUCUGAGCAAGGAUCAACAUGUGUUCGAGCCAUCGCCGAUAUUUAUAGAGGUCAAUAAGCUUUUAUUUGGGGAAGGCUUGAUAUCUACAAUUGGUGAUCAUCAUAGGCGGCAACGGAAGCUUCUAAAUCCCCUAUUUUCUACCACUCAUAUGCGUCAUAUGAUGCCGAUCUUCGUCCGGGUCGCACAUCAGUUCCGGGAAGUCCUUGUUGAGAUGGCCAGGGAAGGCGAAGGGCAAGUCGAAAUCGACUUUUUCGCUUGGAUGAGUCGGGCUGCUCUCGAAAUUGUCGGUCAAGCUGGGCUUGGGCAUCCAUUCGACAGUCUGAACACAGAAGUCGAGGAUGAAUACGGAAAGUCUAUCUCAAAUCUUUCGCUAACGAUGGGUCGCCCUGGAAUGGUCAUUGGGGCACAGCUCCUUCCUUGGCUUAUCAAGAUCGAUAGCCCGAAUUUUCGACGAUUCCUGGUCAAGCAUCUCCCAUGGAGAAGCAUGGAGAAACUCUCUGAAAUUGUGGAUAUCAUGGACAACACGGCUCGAAGGGUUCUUGAAAGCAAGAAAGCUGCCUUGGACAUGGGUGAUGAGGUGGUUUUGCAGCAGGUCGGUGAGGGGAAGGACAUUCUCAGUACUCUCCUCAGAGCGAAUAUGAGCUGCUCGGCAGAGGAUCGUCUUCCCGAUUCGGAAAUUGUAGCUCAAAUCAGUGUCAUGAUCGUUGGUGCUGUGGAAUCGACAUCCUCUGCGCUCUCUCGAAUACUUCUCUUACUCGCUGAGCAUCAAGACAUUCAACGGAAGCUUCGUUUGGAGUUGACGACAGCUAUCUCGACUGGCGACCUAGACUUCGACGCUUUGCAUACGCUGCCUUACCUUGACGCCGUCAUCAAAGAAACCCUCAGAUUGUAUCCUCCAGGUCCAUACGUUGGAAGAAUGCAAGUCAUGUCCCUCGAAGGUGAUGCCACGGAAGUAACCUCAAUCCCAUGUAGUUCGCGCUCAGAUUAUACAGUUCCGCUGGGUACUCCCAUAAUCGGCAUUGACGGUCAAAAACUGUCAGAGAUUUUUAUCCCGAACAACACAGACAUCGUUGUCAGUAUUGUGGGAGUCAACCAGGACCCAGAUAUCUGGGGUCUUGAUGCAGCAGAAUGGCAACCAGAACGAUGGCUUUCGCCUCUAUCUCCCAAUGUGGCCGAGGCUCGUAUUCCAGGUGUCUAUGCUAACAUAAUGACAUUCGUUGGAGGUAUUCAUGCAUGCAUCGGCUUCAAAUUUGCUGAGCAGGAGAUAAGUUCACAACACCUUGCAGAAGUCUUCCUCUCCAUCCUUCUUCCUUCUUUCCACGUCUCUCUGUCCAAUGAACGCAUUUCGUGGACCAUGAAAGCCUUCUCAGCCCCCAUAGUAGAAGGUGAAUCUCAGCCGACUAUGCCGCUCGUAUUGUCUCUACUGAGUAAUGAUGACGUGUGA